AUGUCCGCCGCUUCUGAGGACCACCAAACCCCCGUCUACCUCGGCGCUGGAGACCUCGAGAAGGGCCGCCCGGCUCACAUCGAGCGCACUGUUACUCCGGGUGGUCACCCAGUCGACUACUCGCAGCCCGCCAUCCCUGCCCAGCACCGCAAGUUCGGUAACCCCUUGCCCGCCGGCCUCCUUUCGUUCGCUACUGGCUUCUGGGUUGUUGGCCUGUAUACCCUCAACGUCCGCGGUGUUGUCCACCCCCACGCCGUCUUCCCGCUUCUGAACAUGUUCCUCGGUAUUACCCAGACCCUUGUUGGCUGGUUCGAGAUGUUCAUCGGAAACACCUUCUCUGCUACCAUCUUCAUCUGCUACGGUGGCUUCAUCUGGUCAUACUCGAUGCUCUUCCUCCCCGGCUUCGCUGUCACAGAGGCCUACAUGGUCGACGGUGUCCUCACCGACGAGUUCAACCAGGCCAUCGGCCUCUUCAUGGUCGUCUGGACCAUCGUCACCUUCUUCUUCUGCCUUGCCGCCCUCCGCUCGUCGGUCGCUGUCCUCGGCACGCUUUCGUUCACCGGCAUUGCCUUCAUGUGCAUGGCCAUCCAGAACCUCACUGGCUCCGACCACGCCCGCGUCGCGGCCGGUGCCUUCCAGCUCAUCGCCGGCAGCUUUGGCUACUGGGCCGCGCUGUCUGGUUACUGGACCCCCGACGUCACCUACGCAUUCAUCCGCGCUCCCCCCAUCAUGCUCUCCAAGGCCGAGUAA